AUUUGCCAAGCCAAAUAAUGACUUGGAUUAAUUCGCUUUGGUUAUUCAACGUACUAUGCACUUUACCUAAACAGAAAUAAUAUCAUUCGACUAGCGCAUCAUGCCAUUGGUUUGCUCGCUGUGUCCUUCCUGACCACAGCUAUGGGCUAACAACUUGAGCAUCUAAACACUUGGCACUCGCUCUCAUGAACCGUGACAUUAAUUUGUUACAUGAGAUGAUGUUCGGCAGCUUGCCACGAGAGCCAGGGUGCUCCAGUCAGAGGAGAUGAAUUCAUUUCGAAGAUCUGGAUGCUGGACUUCCUCUAACAUAAUAUAUAACCCCAUCUGCCACCACUGAAUUGAGCUCACUCUGGUUCUACCAUCAACCUCCGCUUAUAAUACAGGCGGAAGCGUAAUUCUUGGCACCCUACCUAUGCACAGUCUGGCCAAUCUCAACGUACUCACCACCCAGACCAUCAUCAGUUUACCUCAACUUGACUACCAUGAAGCGACGCCAUAGUACGAAAGCCGACUUGGCGCCACCAUCAGCAACAGUACAUGCUGUCCUUGACGAUGAGGGCGUACCCCUAAAUCACUUCGAGUUUGGUGGCUCUCUCGGGAAUGCAGCACUCAUCGUCGGAUUCCCAUUGCUCAUGUGGUACAUGUUUGUUGCUGCCAAAUACUACGAUGGCCGCUUACCACUGCCAACUGGCGGAGAAUCUUGGACAGAAUUUGUGCGGCAUAUGGUCGGUCUGGCAUACGCUGGUGCUUACCCAACGCGCAAAGCCUGGCUCAUAUAUUGGUCGUUCUUUGCCCUGGAAGUAUUACUCUACUACACCUUACCUGGAGUCACGGGUUAUGGCAAACAGUUGCGUCACGAAGGUGGACGACAAUUGAAGUACUUCUGCAACGCUUAUAUCAGCUUCUAUACCACCAUACUCAUCGCAACCCUCCUUCACAUCAGUGGGAUCUUUCCUCUCUAUACUGUCAUUGACGAGUUUGGACCUAUCAUGACAGUGGCCAUCUUCUCCGGAUUCAUCAACAGCAUCGCUGUCUAUGUGUCUGCAAUAAUCGGCCAGAGGACCCACCGAUUGACCGGAUACGCAAUCUACGAUUUCUUCAUGGGUGCUGAACUCAACCCCAGGCUUGGAAUUCUCGACUUGAAGAUGUUUUACGAAGUGCGGAUACCGUGGUUCAUCCUCUUUUUAAUCAGCUCUGCGGCAGCUGCCCGUCAAUACGAAUCAUACGGUUACGUCUCGAAGGAAGUCGCAUUUAUCGUAAUGGCACAUUUCCUGUAUGCAAAUGCAUGCGCUAAAGGUGAACAUUUGAUAAUCACUUCAUGGGAUAUGUAUUUCGAAAAGCUAGGAUUCAUGCUGACAUUUUGGAAUAUGGCCGGUGUUCCUUUCUCGUACUGUCAUUGCGCUUUGUAUUUGGCGAGCCAUGAACCCUCAGAGUACCAUUGGGGCAUAUGGCCGCUGGGAGCCUUGGCUGUGGCUUAUCUGUUCUUCUACUGGGUAUGGGAUACUGCGAACGGCCAGAAGAAUGGAUUUCGGCAGAUGGAGCGAGGCCAGCUACUGGAUCGCAACACCUGGCCUCGCUUGCCAUGGCUGGUAGUGCGGAAUCCGAAGGCGAUCGAUACGACGACCGGAGAUCGAAUUAUGGUCGAUGGCUGGUUCGGAGUUGUGCGCAAGCCACAUUACACAGCUGACAUGUUCUUCGCAGUCUCGUGGGCGUUGGUUACAGGUUUCAAAAGUCCCUUACCUUGGUUCUAUCCAGUGUUCUUCUGUAUCAUGAUUCUUCACCGUACGAGGCGGGACAUCCAUAAGUGCAGGAACAAGUACGGCGAAGCAUGGAAGCAGUAUGAGAGAGCCGUGCCUUACCUUUAUGUACCCUACCUGAUAUGAAAGAUGGCAUGCAUGGAUGGCCACUUAUAGCGCAGGACUAGUCCGGUGUGAUCACCGCAUCAUCGUCUACCAGCGUCGCGCCGUGGAAAUAAUAUGUACAAUUCCCCUGAUGAGUUAGAGAAAUACAAAAUUGCUCAACCGUCAUCUCAUACCAAAUUCCAAAAAGAAUUCUCAAGUAAAGUCCAUAGUAUUGAAUCAAGAAUUCCCAACGUCUUCAAUGACGACUAGGAAACCACUGUCGGUCAUG